AUGAAUAAAAUUAUAAAAUUAGAUGAAACAUCAAUAAAUCAAAUUAAGUCAACAAUAAGUUAUAAUUCAAUUGCUGGUAUAAUUAAAGAAUUAUUACAAAAUAGUCUAGAUGCAAAUGCAAGUUCUAUUUCAAUAAUUUUAGAUUUUCAGUCAUUAAGUUUAUUCAUACAAGAUAAUGGAACAGGUAUAAGUUCUUCAGAUUAUGAUAAAAUUGGAUUGAAAAACUAUACAUCUAAAUCAGGCGAUGAUUAUUUUGGAUAUAAAGGUGAAGCUUUACAUUCUUUAAAAACAAUUUCAAAAUUGACAAUUAUAUCUAAAAUUAAAAAUGAAAAUACUUAUAAAUUAGUGAAUGGCAGGGCAGAAAUUUUUCAAAAUGAUAUAAUUCCUUCUUCAUAUUUCAAUGUAUCAAUUAAACAACAUGGCACUUGUAUAAUUGCAAAUAAUUGUUUUCAGAAUAUCCCUGUUCGAAAAUUACAAAUCACUUCAACUUCACAAUUGAAAAUUAUAGAAGAGGUUAAACUUGCAAUAUUUGGAUCCAUUAUUCCUUUUACGUCCACAAAAUUAUCAUUUUCAAUUAUAAAUCAUGAAAAGAUGCAAUUGGAUCAAAUUUUAAACGUGGAUGCUCAUGGUUCAUUGUCUAUUUUGUUACAAGAUAUAUUUGGAAUCAAAAUAAAAUUUGAAAAUAUAGGUGCAAAAUUUAAAAAUGUUGAAAUGAAAGGAAUUAUAGGUAAAUUUCCAAUCAAUACACGAAAUCAUCAAUAUUUAUUUAUAAAUAAUCGACCAAUACAAUUAACUAAAACUGAGUCAAAUAAUAUUAAUUCCAUUUUUCAGAAUUCAGAUUUCAUUGAUGAGACUCAUUUAAUAAGUCCUACAAGAUCAACAGGUAGACCAUUUUAUAAAUAUGCAACCUUUGUAAUAUUAGUUAAUUGUCCUAAAACAAUUUCCUAUUCUUCAAAUAUAUAUAACACAAUUUUGCAAAUUUUAGAAAAGGUAUUUUACAAAUUUUUGGAAUCAAACGGGUAUGGUAAAAGAAGAAAUAGAAUGAGAAAAAGUCCAUCACCAUCAACAUCUCCAAUAAAGCAAAGAAAAAUUCGAGAUAAUUUUAUACUUUAUGCAAAUUCAAAAUUAGCAAAUUAUAACGAUAAUGAACUUGAUGGGUUGAAAUUUAAUAGAAAUGGAAAAUCUUCAAUUAGUACAAUUCCAAAUUUUUCAAUUAAUUCAACUGCUCCAACACCACAAAUUCAUAAUUGUGAAGUUAUACCAGAUCAAGUUGCAAGAUCUAUAAAUUUUUCAAAAUCAGAUAUUCAGCAAUUUAAAAUCAUAAAACAAAUAGAUAAAAAGUUUAUAUUGAUUAAUUCUGAGUCACAAUUAGUCAUAUUAGAUCAACAUGCAAUUGAUGAAAGGGUAAAAGUGGAACAACUUCUACAAGAGUUUAUAAACACACUUAAACUAAACACAGGUCUAAGAUUGGCUAAUCCAUUAUCAUUUAACCUCAUUGUUCAUGGAGAAAUUAAUCUAUUCAAAACCUACAAGUCAAAUUUUAAUAUCUUUGGAAUAGAUUACGAAAUUCAAGAGGAUAAUGUUAUUGUUACUCACUUACCUAAUGUUUUACUAGGCAAGGUUAAGUCUGGUUCAGAAUUUUUGAAAAAUGCGCUACUUCAACAUUGUUAUGAUUUGAAUUUAAAUUAUAAGAGAAAGGUUUUGGAUUUAGAUGAUUGGUUUGCUUGUAUUCACCACAUACCUAAAAUUAUAAUUGAGGUUAUUAACUCAAAGGCUUGCAGAUCUGCAAUUAUGUUUGGUGAUGAGUUGAGUAAUCAAGAAUGUGAAGAGUUGUUAAAUGAGUUAAGAAAUUGUCAGUUACCGUUUAUUUGUGCUCAUGGUAGACCAUCGAUUGUUCCGUUGGCUAAAAUUGAGUAA